AUGGCAGCAGAAGCUGGUCACAUGGCAAUCAUCAAGGAACUUGUGGAAGGCGCAGUUGGCACAACAGGCGUGGAUUUGGAUCCGGCGCUUUUGGCAGCGGCCGGGAAGCACAACAGGCAGGUGGUGGCGUGGCUACUGCGAGCUCGCGCCGAGCCCCGUCUGCAAAAUACCCGCGGUGCGGGGGCACUGGUGUUGGCAGCGGAGAAAGGAGACUUGGAGGAAGUCCGCCUCCUGCUGGACGGGAGAGCACAGCCUGAUCUGAGGGAUAGGAAUGGGAAGGACGCAUUGAUACAUAUGAUCGAAAGCAACAACUGCAGUCCAGAGAUUGUGCGUGACCUUAUCUCCAGAAGGGCUUCAGCCACAACAACGGACAGAUUUGGCAGCAGUGCUGUGCGGGAAGCAGCCAAGCGUGGUGUCUUGGGUGUAGUUGAGGUACUUCUAGAUGGCCGGGCCGACCCGAACAACAUGGACUCGCGUUUCGGCGUCACAGCCUUGAUGCGUGCAGCGGAAUGUGGUUUGAGUGGUCCUGCCUUCUCAGUCUCGCAGGGUCCCGACGAGUUUCUUGAGGUGGCGGAAGCUUUACUUGCAGCACACGCGGAUGUGAACCACCAAGAUUUUCAAGGCAGAAGUGCGCUGAUGCAGGCUGGCUUUGUUGAGCGAGAUGAUAUCGUCGAGCUGCUUUUGGGGGCCCGUGCUGAUGUCCACCUCCAGGACAAAUGGGGGGACACUGCUUUGUCCCAAGCUCAAGACAGCAACAUCACUACAAUCCUGGAAGGGUUGAAGCAGUGGGAGUAG